AUGACGGCGCACUUCCACACCGUCGCCAAGACACAGGCCUCGUUUGAGAAGGAUUUCACCCGGGUCGCGCGCGGCAUCAUGGGGGCCAUUGUACAGCCUCUUAUCUCUCACAUGGGCUUUAGGAAUGAAGUCACAGAGCCCGUCGUUCUUCUCGAUAGCGCGUGUGGAUCCGGCGUGGUGACGCAGGAGGUGCAGGCUGUGUUAUCCGACGAGGUUCUUCAGCGGAGCUCGUUUACAUGUGCUGACAGCUCGGAAGGCAUGGUGGACGUGGUGAAGAGGCGGAUUGUUGAGGAGAAGUGGGUGAAUGCCGAGGCAAAAGUGCUUGAUGCCAUGAACACUGGACUCCCGGAUAACUUCUUUAGCCAUGUAGCCAUUAGUCUGGCACUCCACAUUACUCCAGAUCCGGAUGCCGUCGUAAAAGAUUGCAUCAGAAUCCUCAAGCCGGGCGGCACAUUUGGCGCCUCGACAUGGUCCAAGAAAAACUCUGAAAUUUUCUGGAUCCCAGACGUUCUCUCAGCAUUUGAGUCAUUUCCCUUUGACACGCCGUUUCCAGACCCAAUGCCCAUGCAGAUGCACAGCUCCGGCCACUGGGACGACGCAGCGUGGAUCGAAAAGCAUCUCGUCGAGGAUCUGGGACUUGCAAAUGUGUCAGUCACGGAGCACCGGGGCAGCUACAAGUUUGAGAAUGCGGCCGAGUUUGUACUGUCUUUUGGGAUGAUGCUGCCGUGGGUUAUGAAUACUUUUUGGAGUGAAGAGGUGAGAAAGGAGCAUUCAGUGGAGGAGGUAAAGGAGCUGUUGAGGCAGCAUCUGGAGGAAAAGUAUGGCGGCAAGGGAUGGAGCACUGAGUGGCUGAUGAUUACCAUGAGUGCGACCGUGGAUAAAUGA